UAGGGCCGGCCUGCACUUACAGGGCCACGGCAACCGAGACAAGCUGACCUGCAGCGCUGACCUGCCGGGCACUCUUGGUGCCUCAAGCUUGAUGAAGAGGACAACUCACUCACUGUGGACAUAGAGAAGAUGGAGCACAUGUCUCCCAGGCUGAGAGCCUUCCUUUCGGAACCCAUCGGAGAAAAGUAUGUUGCCUGGGUGGAUGGAAUCAGCCAUGAGCUUGCCAUCAAUUUGGUCGCCAAAGGUUUCGACAAGGCCUACAUCCUGUUGGGACAGUUCCUUCUGAUGCACAAGGAUGAAGUGGAGUUUCAGAAGUGGCUCAUCUCUUGUUGCGGUGCCACCGAGUGCGAGGCCCAGGAGAGUUCUCACUGCCUGAAGGAGUGGUGCUCCUGCUUCCUAUAGACACAC